AUGGAUGAAAGUGGAGGUCUGUCAAGAGCGGAAUUUUUGGUCCUUCAAGAACAAUUGAUUGCCCUGCGAAACAGGAAUUAUGAACUGCAAGAGAGCUUGCAAAAGAAGAAUCAAGAAAUCGCCACCUUAAUGUCGCCAAAGUCGGAGGCGUUGCAAUUUGCGACUAAGCUCAUGAAUCGACGUGAGAAAGAGAAGGAGCUCGCUCAGAAAUAUGAGACACAGUUGGAUGCGCUUAGGAUGAAGUUAACCACGCAGGAAGAGGAAUUCCGUCUGCAGCAAGAAACCCUUCUAUCAGAAUUGAAUAAGGUCGUCUGUCAGAAUGAAGACAUGCAUAAGGAACUUCAACAGUCCAGGGCUGCCGGGUCGUUUUGCCCUCAAGAAGGACUUUCAUCUGAAUUAGAUCUUUCACUUUCUGAAGGUGGUAGUAUCGAAAAUGCUUCGUUGCAGCGUGUAUCCUGCGAUAACCAGACUUGCGAAAGUGAAGGAAAGGCUGACAUCGUUGCAAAAUUGGAACAAGCGGAAUUGAAUUUGCUAGAGAAGGAAACAUUGGUAUCAGCUCUUGAGCACAAAGACAAAGUGGACGAGCUUACUCAUGCUGUGGAAGGGUCUCGUUUGGACAACGGUAGAUUUUCUUCGCUUAUUCAAGAACAGCAAGAACAAAUCGCUAGGUUAAAAGAGGAGCUCCAGCUUUCCAAUCACAAGAGGAUCAUGUGUGAAAAUGUUAGCGACUCCCAGUCUUUGUUCGACAGAGACUUAUUAGAGAAGGAGAUUUCUUCGAUAAUGGAUAGGAUCUCUCUUAAUGAAGAGGAAGUGAGGAAACUUACUAGUGAAAAGGAGGCAGAGUCACUACUGAGGAAGUUGCAUUCGCUGAAAGAGAACCAUGAGAAUGAAGUUCAAGUGUUAAAAAAUGAAUCUGCUAUCCUUUGCGAUGAAGAGUUGGAGGAUCGUUUAGAGCGCUUCGAAAGUGAGAGGGAAGAAAUGAGGCAAAAGAUAGUUUCUUUGGAAUCCUCUUUAAGUGCUAAAGAAGAAGAUAAGGCUUUGUCCUUGAAGAAACAGGCUGCGGUAAUAAAAGAGUUGCAACGUGCUAUAAGAGAAGAAAAGAAGCGAGCAGAUUCUAUGGAAAGAUUUGGACGCUGCUCCUACGAAGAGAAGGAGUGGCACCUUGUUGACGAAAUGGAUGCGAAAAGCGCACAGACACUGGAUGGUGUUGGCAGUCGGAGUGUGUCGUCUGCAAGUGCUCUGGAGUCGGACAAUGUUGAACUGAUUAAUAGGCUGACAUCACUGCAAAAAACACAUGCGGAUACUCUUGACAAGGUUAGCACACUUGAAAGUGAAAAUGCUCGUUUAUGUCGCGAAAUCGAAGAGAAGAGCGAAAUUAUCGAACACUGGAUACGAAAGAAACCUUUAAAGUUUGGAACUGGAUUUGAAUCACCAAGAAAAUCAGAAGGAACUGAAGAGGAGUUUGUACGAUGCAACUACGUUAACGCCGACUGA